AUGCCAGCAGAUGACGACGCGUUGCCAGCGUUUGCUCCACAGUGGCUAAGAGCUUCACCCUCUCAGAAAUCAUCGCUCGCCGCAGGAGCUGGGAAUCAAGCACAUUCGAAAGAGACACGGAGUGCUUCGGGCUCCGGAUUCGCGUCGGCAGACAAGGAUAGCUCAAGCACACCAUUUAGCAGCAGGAGGCCGUCGGAAAAAAGUGGUGGUUGGACAUCGCCCUCCUCGGCAAGCACCGGGGUUCUCGGCAAGGCUCGGAGUCCGGGAGUUGGUGCCAGGCAGACGUUCCGGACGAGCAGCCUUGACACUGCUGGCCCUGCACGCGACAAGCUCACGUAUAAAGAAGACGACGACGCCAGGUUCAACUUCAGCGGUCGUUUCUCUGGAGGCCCACAGCCGAACCGCACCACCAGCCUAGACUCUCCAGGAGCUGGUCUGCGCAGGGAGUGGGAGGACCCUGCCCUGAAACACAAUGGACCGCGCCUGGAUCGCUUGGCCGGCCCUCGCCGCGACGCUGGUGGAGCUCGCGUGAGGCCCGAGUCAGCCAGGGCCGGCUCUGCCUGGGGUACCUUUGACAAGGAGUACCCGGGAUUAGGGCCGCGCCCGGCGCCCGGCAGAGAUUACUGGCAGAGUCCGCCGCAGGAGCCGGCGUCGGGGCGCGCCGACACAGAGCAAUGGACGUCCCGGCUGGCGGAUGUGGUGCCCCCCACCGCGGCUGCCGUCAGCCCGCUGCUGCCUGCCAUUGGAACUGGUGCCGCCGCACUCGCCGCCUCCGCAUCCAACCCCAACACCCCCCGCAUGGCUGAUGCGGUCCAGCAGGGCGGCCGCGAGAGUGCGGCAGCCAGCGCUGCAGAGGUGCUGCGGCGGGAGCAGGCGGCGCUGCGGCAAUCGAAGCAGCUAGUGCCCAUCAUCUCGCAGUCCCCGGGCUCCGCCAAGGCCAAGCUGAAGGCCGGGGGCGCAUCCAACGGCGGUCCCGCAGCCGGUGGGAGCGCCAAGUCGCUCGUGCACCUGAAUGGGGGCGGCCUGUCCAAGAAGAGCAGCCUGGAGGCGCUGGGCCGUGCUGGGAGCCAGCCGCUGCAGGAGGGCGGCUCUACAGGGAACGGCUCCUCUCUGGUGGACCUGGCCUCCAUCGCAGACCGGCCCGCCUCGGCCGCUGCCGCCGUCCAUGGCCGCUCUGUGCCUGCCGCCUCCGCCACCACCGCUCCUGCCGCUCUGGCCGCACCCAGAAGCCCGGCCAUGCGUCAUGGUGUUGCGCAGCGUAACCGCAACGACUUCUUCGACUCGCUGCGCCGCAAGAGCGUGCCCACCUCGCCCUCAGCGCCAGGUUCAGCUUCAGGCAGAGCGGACGCCGGCCCAGAGCAGCCAUCCGCGCAGCCCGUCAGCCCGCAGAGUGCGGCCAGCACCUCACAUGAGGAUGGUCCCUUGAGCCCCGGGAAGGACAGUGCGGCAGAGGCCAGCCCAAAGAAAGCAGUGUCCAGCACAGGCGAGGAUGUGGGCCAGCAUCAGAGUCCCAGCGAGAAUGGAGACAAACACGUGAUAUCCAAUGGAUCCAUGCAUGGAAUUAAUGGCGGGGAAGGGUCCGCAGACCUUCCCAGCAUCACUGCGUCCAAGCUGUCCAUUCCAGCAGAGGAGAAAGCUUUUCUGCGCUCCCUGGGCUGGGAAGAGAGUGAUGAUCACAAUGAGGGUGGUCUCACUGAGGAGGAGAUUUCAGCGUUUCAGGCAAAGGCUCGGUCACUGUCGGCCAAGCAGGGACUCAGGCGCUCUCGGCUGCUGAGCAUGGUCAAGACGUAUGCAAAUGGCAGCACAGACUCGCAAGCAUUGGCAUGCUGA